AUGGCAUUCGUGUAUCCAAAUUGCACCUUACCAGCCGAGCUGCUCCCCCGAUUCGUUGGCGCUGCCAGAUUUCGCUCGACCGCAGACAUCCUCUGGUACUGUCUUGUCCCCAUCACCAUAUCUGUGUGGUCGGUGCAACGUCCCAACGCCGCUCCAGCUCCCACCCCAAAGGACCCCCGCUGGCGGAUACGAGUCUGGCAGAAGCAUUUAUCCCGCCCGGCCACCAAGUUGUUGUGGAUGUGCAUAAUGCUCGCUGCUCCCGACAUUGUAUUCGCUCGGGCAACUGCAAACGUCUUUGCGGCCUGGCAGAAUCAUAGUGAGCUCAAGACGUGGGCAGACAAAGACAAAGUUGAAUGGUCUUUUACGCACACAAUGACAGCCAACAUGGGUGGGAUUCGCGUCAUCUUCGAUAGACACAUCUGUGAUGAAGAAACUUCAGAUCCACGUCCUCAUAAGCCCCUUGUGGAUGGCGCAAGAGGUCUCGAUGAUGAACAUGCUAAGAGAUAUCGAGGUGCAUUACGAAUGGAAACCGGAGUCUGGACUCUGGAUUCGAAGCAGCUUAUCAAGGCUCGGCACUGUCAUAUUAUCAAAAAGCUACCAAAAAUUUCCAGGGAAGAUCUCGACGACAAGAACAAGAGCGAUUUUAUGGUCUUUUUAGGAGCCGUCCUUCCCUUGAUCUACGCUGCGCUUCAAUUUGGAGCACGCCGUUACCAGGACCUCCCAUCUGCGCUUCUAGAGAUAGAAACCAUGGCUUUCGUCACUUGUGCUUUCUCCUUGUACUUUGUUGACAUAAAGAAGCCGAUGGACCUGAAUGUCCCCUUCGAUUUCCCAGCAAGCAAAGAUGCGACGAUAAGAUCAAUCAAGAAUGUCGCUAGAGCAGCACCAAAGCCCAUGAUGGGUUGGCACAGAGAGUACAACAGUCCCAGAAUAACCAAUGGCUCUAUACCCCAGACAGAAUCUGGGUCUCGCCUCUCUUACGAUGUGAUGGACUGCGCUCUCUCAUCAAUGGCAAUUCUUUUUGGAGGUAUCCAUCUGUUUGCAUGGGACUACCAAUUUCCAACGGAGCUCGAACAACUGUUGUGGAGAAUCGCAGCUCUGUUUACUAUGUUCCUUCCGAUCCUGUGGGUAGUUGCUGUUCAGCUUGAGUCUCGUUUACGUCCCGGGGACCGGGUAAAAAAAUUCAUCGAUUGUGUCAGAUGGGUGACUUUGGCACCUCCGUACGUGUUGGCAAGACUCUUUAUCAUCGUCGAAGGCUUUCGGUCUCUGUACUUUCUAUCUACGGAUGCCUAUGUCGCGACUUGGGGCUUAGGAUUCUUAGGAUUUUAG